GAACAACAAUAAUUGUCACAACGUUUCGUGUCCACUGAAAAACAUUUUGCCGUUACACAACACCGACAUGUGCACGGUACAAAAGCGAACAGACCGUGUUAUGUAUGCUAGGAAUCAACAGUAUAAGUAUAGUCGAGAACCAGUGACGGGUGGGCAGCCGAUCACCGUGGAACAAGCCAAGGCUUUGCGGUUGGCAGUGUUUGGGGCCUGUGAUACACCACCAAGGGGCGAAUGGUUCCGUACUGGGUUAGUGUUUCGCGAUCCAGAAAAAGAGUUGUCUUACGGGUUGAGAGCCCGCAGAAAUGGCACCAGAGGCAUGCUUUCUGCGAUACAAGGUUACAUACUCAAACACUUGUUGUUUACCGGUUGUGGUAGUUCGUGUUUGAAACCGUCAAAACAACAACAAUUAGACGCCCUUAGUAGAUCGUUGACCACUAUAUUGUGGAAAACUGGUGAAAAUAAACAAGUCGUCAUUUGCUUACCACAAGAAAAAAGUUAUGUUUCUCAUUCUUUAAACUACUUCCAGGAUAACGUUACCGAAAAGCUUCAUUUAUUCGAGCUGACCAAUGUAGAAGACUUAGAAAUUUUCAUCAAGAGAUAUUUGCAUUUGUUUCAAGAUGAUCCUGGCCCUGGAUCGUUAUUACUGUUAUACAGUGCAGUAUUAACACGAGGAUUGUCUAAGACCAUGUCGGAUUUGAUGGAAGAAAAGUCUUAUCUGAUAUCGAACGCCGAAGAGGGAUCCAUAUGUAUAGUAACGCUGCUAUUGACCGGCAGAGCCACUCCGAAUCUACACAACGGCAUAAUCAACAUCGGCGACGAACAUCAUUAUGCCAUUCCGCAUUACGGUGUGUUGGCAAGGAGCGAAGUCGGUCUGCUGGUGCACUACGAAGAAACGGCCACACCGGCGCAGAUCACACAGAUACCGGGCUCGAGGCUGAAAACCCCGUCUUAUCCCAUAUGGGUGGUUUGCGCCAAAGGUCAUUACGGAGUCCUAUUCAACACCAACAGAGAACUGCUCAGGAAUCAUUUGGCCGAACGCAGAUUUCCGUUGACUUACUAUUCGUGCAGCGGGACCGAGAACUACGCCACUGUUGACACGAGGACACAUCAUAACACUGGCGGUUGCAGAUCGUCUCGGGCCAAUGCCUCGGACGACGUGAACAACACCAAUCCGCAACUAUUGCUGAUCGAAUGUCUUAUACAUACAAAAUGGGAAGGAGCUUCCGUUCAAUGGACAGGCGUGACUAAUGCGAUGAAUUGAAUUCAAUACGGCUAAUCGUGUGUUACCACUAUAACGGCCAACAGCCGAAGAAAAAUUGGACGAGGACGGGUUUUGUUGACUUUUUCGAUUUUUGACACACAAACUCGAGCACACCUUCACUUACACCGUCACACGUGCGCUUAUAUUAUAUUAUAAAUACCAGACGAUUAACUGACAUCAAA